CUGCUCUUUGGUUUCUCCUCGCCUCCUCGCGCUCCGUUGCAGAGCUCGUUGAGUCCCCGCGCGUCUCUCAUGGCCUCGGUCGGGCAGUGCGCGCUGGCGGAGGAGCAGCUGCGCGUCCUGGAGGAGAACUUCACCAAAGUGACCAAACACCCGGACCAGGUCACCCUGGUGCUGAUCGCGGCUGAGGCCGGGCUGACCGAGGAGGAGACAGCGAAAUGGUUUAGGAUGCGUAACGCUCAGUGGAGGCAAGCGGAGGGGCUGCCUGCUGAACUGGGAUCAGUGAAAGACUGAAGAAAGAAAAAUGAAAACUUCUCAUGGCUCUCCCCCUCUCUCUGAUUCUCUGUCUCUACUCAUAAGCACAUCCCUUCCACUUUUCAUCUUGAUCUGUGAUUUGUCUCUUCUUUCUUUCAUCAGUCCAUUUUUCCAUCCAGUUUCCUCAUUCUUACACUCGUUCAGUUUAUCCUCCCAGAAUAAAUCUCCUCUUUCUCUCACUCUUGACGAUCUUUUGGUUGAUUAAUGUUAGGUUUUAGUUUUCUGUCCUUAUUCUUCACUCUGCGUCUAAGCUCUGUUCAUGGGCUAAAUGUGAAAUGUCUACUAUAUUUUAUUGUGAAUAUAAUAUAAUCAUGUUUAUAUAAAUAAACUGUAUAUAUGUAUACCUAAA